UCGUCGUUUUAUUUUUUGAUUUUAGAACGACACAACGUUCACAGGUUCAAUGAGUGGUGAUGUUUUCGUAUGGGUGGGAACGAGUCUUACCAGAGUUGUUGGGCAGGCGCAUUCUGGCCCAGUGUUCACUAUGUACACGACAAUCAAAGAUGGGCUUAUUGUUACUGGUGGCAAAGAAAAGGAACCAGCUGCUUCUAAAGAAUGUGGUCCUGUUAAAAUCUGGGACCAAGAAAUGAAGAGAUGUCGUGUCUUCAAUCUUGGACCUGGCUCCAAGCAACCCAUACCAAGAGCUGUUUGUAGAGGAGGUGCUAAGGGUGCAUUAUUAGUUGGAACACAGGACAGCGAAGUUUUUGAGAUCAAUGAAAAGUCAGCAGCACCACAGGUGUUACUGCAUGGACACUGUGAAGGAGAAAUAUGGGGUUUGGCAUCACACCCUGUGAAGGAUGUUUUUGUCACAGGCAGCGAUGAUGGGACUGUUCGAUUAUGGGAUGCCUCUACAAAGACCAUGGUAAAAAAGGCAUCUUUGGGUGGAGCAAUACGAUCUGUGACAUAUUCUCCUGAAGGUGACAAAAUCGCCAUUGGUAUGAAGAAUGGAGAAUUCUCCAUACUCAGUGCUACAUCCUUGCAAGUUCUCGGUAAAAAGCGUGACAGAAAUCAAGCAAUUCACGACUUGAGGUUUAGUCCAGAUGGUGAAAUACUUGCUGUUGGAUCUGAUGAUAAAACUGUUGACUUUUACAACAGUAAACCUGGUGGAGCACUGGCAAGAAUUGGUUAUUGCAAGGGAAUUCCAAGUUUUGUUAUUCAAAUGGACUUUUCUGCUGAUGGGAAAUACAUACAGGUUUCAACUGGUGCGUACGAGAGGCUCGUUUUCUCCGUUCCUGGCGGUCAGCAUGUAACAGCUCAAGAUAAAAUAGACUCUAUCACGUGGGCGACAUGGACAAGUAUGCUCGGUAAAGAAGUUCUUGGGAUUUGGCCCAAAAAUGCGGAUAAAGGGGAUAUAAACUGCACUGAUCUUUCCCACCAUGGAUCAACAUUGGCAACUGGAGAUGACUAUGGUUAUGUCAAGCUCUACAGCUUCCCUUGCUUCGACAAAUCGAUGAAAGGGAAGAAGUUCGUUGGGCAUUCAGCUCACGUGACUAAAGUCCGCUUUUCUCACGAUGACAAAUAUUUGUACAGCACUGGUGGUGAUGACUGCUGCGUUUUCGUUUGGAAAUGCAGCUGAGCACUCAUAGCAAUGCACACGGGAACUUUUUUCAAUAUACUAAUGGUCGUUUUAAUAAUAAUUGAACCGUAUUUUGACUUGAUAUCAUUGAAUUUUGUGGACCUUUGUUACGUGUAGUGAAGUUAUUUAUUUUUAGUACGUUUUGCAUACGAAUACUGGCAGUCGUAGUCAGGGCCGCGGAGAGGAUUUGUAGGCCCUGGGUCAAAACAAAAGAAAAAAGCAAGGCACACCGGAAGCGACCCUUUAAAGAGGUCUGGGGAAACUUUUUCAGACGGCUGUUGCUAAAAUUGCGGCUACUUUGGUUGCUGAAAUUGCGAUGAUGGCUAUUACUUCUCUAGUCUUUUCAAUAUAGUUAAAGUAUGACUGGUACACUAUCGUCAGAAUUGCAUAUUUCUUAGCUAUAAAAUAUGCAAUUCUUUAAUGUCGGAAUUAUUAUUAUUGAUGUUAUUGCUAAGAUAAUUAGGCGAUUCAUGUCAAUUGGCGAGAUAUGGGAGGGGUUCAGUAUUCUUUGAUUAUACACAAGGUUGAAGGAAGAUGACCUAGCAAAAAAGGAUGGCAUAUCUCCUAACAUCACCGGGUAGUCACUUUUUCUAAGGAGCAUCAACCAAUGCAGCUGUUGAGCAAGCUUUAGCCUUUGAAUUUGCAACGUUUAUUUUCCAAUAUUUUCAUUGCAUUAAGGUUGUUUCUGACUUUGCCUGCUAGUGUUGCAUCAGCUGAAAUGUCGUUCAAAUUGUCCAAAGCAACUUAAAUUUCCGAAAAAACUUUACUAAAGCCCCAUAAUUGACCCUUUUACAGAUGCAAAGACUUGGAAAUUGUUUUGUUAACUAACUAGAAAAUUACCUAAAGCUACUAGCUCUGUUUGACAAACAUAAUGGGGGUAUUAAUACUGUUGCUGCUUCUACCUUAUUUUAUUUAAAGGUUUUUCCUAUUAAUUUUUCUAUUAUUGAUAAUGGAGACACUGAA